AUGGCAUUGGAGUAAAGGAUUUGCUUCGAGCUUGUGCUUCAAGAGAAUACUUGCUUAUAUGGAGAAACUCCUUCGUUUACAUUUUCAAGAUUUUUCAGCUCGUGGUUAUCGCAUUUAUUACAAUGACCCUCUUCUUUCGGACUAAGAUGCCUCGGGAUACCACAGCCGAUGGAGGGAUUUAUAUUGGCGCAUUGUUCUUCACUCUCACUAUGAUCAUGUUCAAUGGAAUGGUGGAGAUUUCCAUGACAAUUGCCAAGCUCCCAGUUUUCUACAAGCAAAGAGAUCUCCUCUUUUACCCGGCAUGGGUAUAUGCUCUUCCAAUUUGGAUUAUAAAGAUCCCUAUCACCUUCGUGGAGGUUGCAGUUUGGGUGUUCAUCACCUACUAUGUCAUUGGAUUUGAUCCAUAUGUUGGGAGGUUGUUCAGGCAGUACCUUUUGCUUGUGCUUGUCCAGCAGAUGGCAUCGGCAUUAUUUCGGACAAUUGGGGCAGUGGGUAGAAACUUGAUUGUUGCCAAUACAUUCGGGACAUUUUCUCUGCUCAUUCUCUUUACAUUAGGUGGUGUUGUUCUUUCAAGAGAGAAUAUAAAGAAUGGUGGAUUUGGGGUUAUUGGGUAUCCCCCUUAA